AUGACAUCAGCUGUACAUAUCGAAGAAUCCGACAAAAGCGCAUCUUCAGAAGAAACAAGCCCGUCCUCGGAGCUGGUCAUACGGCCUUCGGCAAAAGCUGUCAAGAAGAGAUGGCAUUCCAAAGUGCGGACUGGAUGCGAUAUGUGCAAGAAACGCCGGGUAAAAUGCGAUGAACUGAAGCCAGCAUGCUAUAAAUGCACAAGGAAGGGUCUCAAGUGCCCUGGAUAUAACCCUCCAACUAUUAAGCUCUUCGAACUCAGUGAUACCCCCGAAUUCGACACUGCUGGAGAUAAGGAGGCCUACAAUGUCUUCAUCGAGCGCGGGUCGAGGAUAUUCGCAAUCGCAAACAGCAGAUCCAUGGACUUGUGGGUGAGGACGAUUCCCCAAUUGGCCUACCAGUACAAAGCUGUGCGACAUGCUGUCAUUGCGAUGGGGACUGUUCAAGUGCGUGCCCUACAGAGCGAGCAAUUUCCAGUUCCUCAAGCAACUCUCGUACACAGAGCCCGAGCUAUGCAGCAACUAUACAAGUCUGAUCCAUCAGAGUUGCCAGUAGAGGUGUUGGCUUGCUGCGCAUUGUUCUUAAUGAUUCUGGAUGUCUGGACAGAGAACGGUGCUGGCCCGGAGUUUCACCUGACUGCACUUUUCCGAUUACUUCAUGAGCACAUAGCGAUGCUGAAGAAUCAGGGUCUUGCACCGAGUCGGGAGGUAUCCGAGAUAUUCUUGCCUGCCAUCGAUUGGGCUCUGGUGAAUUCCUUGACGGCAGUCGACAACUUUCCGCCCCCAGGAUCACCGGUCUCUCCCGGAUACAAGUUGCUCCUGAACCCAACCAUUUCUGAUAGCUUCACCGAUUACAGGGGAGCUUUGAAUAGCCUUGAUGCAAUCAACAAGACAACAGCGAGAUAUAAUAUCGGUCAUCGACAACGUGGAAUAGAAGAGAACAUCUCAACGGCACUCGCUCGGUUCCGCGAACAAGUCUCUAGGCUCUCAAGCCAGUGUCUGCUUGACCCUGACUCUUCACGACGGAACGCGCUUUACGAAGCGUAUCUCUCCGCGAACUGGCGAGCAACAAAAGUCAUGUUUGAGAGUGCGGAGUACCCUUCAGAGUCACUCUUCAGUCCUUUACAUGACGCCGAUUUCCAACACAUCGUGGUGUCGAUGAAAAUUUGGCUUGCAGGUGAAGCAACAAUUCCGCCGAAACAACGGAUACCCAACCUCGGCAUCAUACCUGCGCUAUUCCUUGUGGCAACCAAAUGUCGUGAUUCUGGACUUCGUCAUGACGCCGUCGAGCUGCUUCAUGAUGCCGCGCGGUCGGAGCGUGGAUGGGACACAUGUAUCGCAAGCGUUAUCGCGCGUUCCGUCAUCAAUACAGAAGGAAUGGCCCUCACAGCCGGCGAGCCUUUUGUCACAGGACCUGACGUCGAUGAAACACUCGCAUCGAUACAGGCGCAUAGGCAGCGUCUGUAUGUUUCGCUGGCCAAGGUCGACUUAGCACCGUCCGAAGGUGUAAUACGCAUCCGUUAUUGGGAGCAGAGGUUAGAACCGAGCGGUUUGCAGGCGAGAAGGUCCGUGAAAGUCUCUAUACCAUACGACUCUGCGCUUGGAGCUGGGUCGCCAACCUUUGAUAUACUAAGUUCGAAAGUGCUAAGGGCGUAUGGAUAUUCUGGAUUCAUUCUGACGGCGCCCGAGAUCUCUUGCCAGUGUACGACCACAGACAGGAGAAGAUCCGAAAGUGCGGUCCACAGCUGGGCUCGGGGCUUUGUAUCAUAUGUUGUGUUGAGUGAUGUUGAUGACAGCGACGACGAGCAAGUAUUGGACGUCACUACUGGGGGAUCACAUCAUCCAGGCUCGAGAAGCAGCAGUGGAGGCUUCUUCCAUUGGAGACCAAUUUGA